CCGCCCUGCGCAUGCGCGGACAGGGAUCGCAGCCCAGCGCGAGGGUGGACGGCGGGCCUCGUGCGCGGCUGGGGACAUGGCGAAGAGCUUGAGGAGCAAAUGGAAGAGGAAGAUGCGGGCGGAGAAGAGGAAGAAGAACGCGCCCAAGGAGUUGGAGAGGCUGAAAAAAAUCCUGGGAACCAACGCGGAUGUCGUCAUGGAGGAGGUCAAGGAGGUGGCGACCGUGCUGCCCCCUAAUAAAGUCCUCGAGCAGGGGGAUGACUGCAAAAUGGACAUAGAUAAUAAACGAAACAAAAAGACUCUUCUAGAUCAGCAUGGACAGUACCCAAUAUGGAUGAAUUCCAGGCAGAGAAAGAAGUUUAAGGCACAGCGUGUUAAAGGGAAAAAAAAAUCAAAAUUGGCCAAAGGCCUAGUCUGGUAAAAUCAGAGUUUUGUAAGAUCAUAUUUUACUUACAAAAUAAAUAUCCCAAAUAAGUACAUGAUAUUUUUGUGCUUGGCCACCUAGUAUAAUUUAUUGUGUUGUGUGAACUUUUGAAGAGAUUAUUAGGCCAGCAAAUCAUGAAAGCAAUAUCAACUUGGUGUCUGCCAAACUUAAAAAAUAAUAAUACAAAAAGCAAGCUGAGUGCCUUUGAAUAGACUAAGCGUCUGUGGUUAUCUGUUUUCUUGAGGGGGAAGGGUCUUCAUCUUUUAUAUUGCGAACAUUGAAAAUGCUAAAGGAAAUCCUAAAAAUAAUGAAACUGUAAAUGGUUUUUGUACCGUGGUCUUUGUCAAUGUAAUUUGUCUUGUAGUAAAUUUAACCAAAGGAUUCUGUAAAUUCACCAUAUCCUUUAAAUUCUUCUGUAAAAUUACUUUUGUUGCGCCAAUUUUUGUUGCUUUUAACAUCUGGUAAUUAAGAAAAAACAGUCUUUUAAUAUGUAACUUAAAAGAGGUUAUACACUGAAAUCAACACCAAGGUUUCACAAAACUUCUGUAAGUAAAAAACCAAAGUGUUCACAAAGAGGAAGUUGUUGGAACAAAAACGUAUUUCAUUGCUGUCUGCAACUGAAGUAUUGUUGGAACUAAAUAACUGAAAGUACACCUGAUUAUUAUUAAUAUGAGAGAAUAGAAAUGUGCAGAUUGGAAAUAAAAUAUUUAAGACCUUUUCCAAGUUUUAGUAAAGUAAAUGAGAAUUUACUUUUCCAUAUGUAUUUUCAGUAGCCUUUUAUUUUUCUUACAAUGGUACUCAUCUAUCAUCCUUUAGGGUGUGGGCAUAGGAUAAAAUAUUGCAUGAUUGCAUAGCAGAUGCCAUUUGUACGUGAUUAGUUACAAUUGGUUGCACAUUACUCAGCAAUAACACGCGAUGACAGAUGCAAGAAUUAGUUGCCCUGAAAGCUUGUGUUUUUAAAAUGUCUCUCAUUACAAGGAUGGAAAUAAUUACAGUACCAGUCCUGCAGUAUGUUGCCUCUUGAAGUACCAUUCAUCGAUACAGAGCGUAACCUUUGUCCAGCUUCAUCCAAGAUGGGAUCCACGUUCUGUAAUUGCCCACAAAUUGCGAUGUGUCUCUGUUGUGAUAACUUGGGCAUAGGAAAUGGGAUUUAUUCCUUUGAAGGUAAUUACACUAGUUUAUACUGUGCUAAAAUCCACUGAGAAGACAUCGACCUGAUAGAAAAGUUAGUUUUUCUUGAAAAAAUGGUGGGGUUUUUAUUAUUGUUAGGGGAAAAGUAUUCUGUUGCUCAGGUAGAGAGCUGCAAAGGUGUUGGAGGAAAUACCAAUGCUUCUGUUUUCACAUGCAUUGACAGUUAAUGAGACUUGGUAAGAUGCAUAGAUCAAAGUUUUACUAAAUGAUGUGCCAUUAAUAACUUUGGACUUUAAAAAUAUUUCCAUUAAGUUGAUAAUACCCCUGCUAAAAAAAACCCAGAUGCUCUUAGUUUUUUUGUUUUAUUAGAUAAAUGGGUCUAGAUUUCAGUAUCAAACAUUUAGAUUAGUGCUACUUAAAAAUAUGGAGGAAAGUGUUCUUUAAGGAUCAAAUUAUGUUUAUCCAAAAAUGGAAUGAACAGUUUGUGUUUGUUUACUAUUUUAAUGACAUAGGCUGUAUUUUGCUGAAUGUGUGCUUUGGGGAGUUGUGGAGUGGAGCUUCUUGGGUUUAAGUACUAACAAUUUGGCUUCUUUCUGUAGAGUAAGCACAGUGCUAUUUUUAACAUGCUUGUUUGUAAAUCAGAUUACUUUCAAGCAGCUGCUGGUGGGAAAGCAGGCUGCUUUUCCUGCGUGGGGGUAAUCUGAUUGGCAAAGUACUCCCAUUUAAAUGUAUGGCUUCAGAGUCAGUUUAUUCUCAUUCUUUAGGUGCGCAGCCAUACUCUGUAUCUCAUCUUAAUCAAGGCUGCCACCCCUGUACUGGCUGUAUCUUCUCUCCCUGGAGUAGUUCCAGUUCUGCCUCUGCUCCUUCUAGAAGAGAAAAUGAUCUGCACAGCUGAAUACUCUCUGAUUUCUGCUUUCAUGACCUAGCCCUGAGCUUUGUUGCGCAAAUUUAUUAGUCUACUGCUUUUGUGACCAGAUUAGGGAUUUGUAUCUCAAAUGAGAGACAGCAGAUGCUGCACUGAUCUUUUAUUUAGCAGUUGCUUCCUACCAGCUGAAACAAUACUGGCUGUGUGAGGUAUUUCCUUCAUGGUGUCCACGAUAAAGCCAAACAGGUUCACUUAAACUACAGAUAUUUUAAGACAUCCUGUUUGAUUUUUGAGCUGAAACAGAGGAUGAGGAAGGAAUAAAGCCCAGUCUUUACUGGGAGGCAGAUCUUAGUCUAGUACUGAUGUACUUGUGUGUACAGCAUUACAGCUUGCUUGAGUGAGGCACACCUCUCUGGGCCAGGAAAGAUUUUGAGAGCCUGGUUGGGUGGGAUCUGUAAUCCAGGCUGAAGGCUCACUUGCAGACAGAUAGCAGGAGCCUGGCUAAGUGCAGCACGGAUGUAACCUCGGAGAUUAAGUCACAGAUGCAGCAGGAAGUUUUAUCUUCUAGGGUCUGAGCAUAUACUAUUAUUGUGGUUUAACCCAGCCAGCAGCUAAAACCCCCAUGGCUGUUUGCUCGCUCCCCCACCACCACCCAGUGGGAUGGAGGGAGAGAAUUGGGGGAAAAAAAAAAGGGUAAAAUUCGUGAGUUGAGAUAAAGUCAGUUUAAUAUGACAGAAAAGGAAGAUGAUGAUGGUAAUAAUAAUGAUAAAAGAAUAUACAAAACAAGUGAUACACAGCACAAUUGCUCACCACCUGCACACCACUGAUGUCCAGUUAGUUCCCAAGCCGCAGUCCAGCCUCCAUUCAGCUUCCCCUGAGUUACAUAUUGAGCGUGACAUCAUAUGGUAUGGAAUAUCCCUUUGGCCAGUUUGGGUCAGCUGUCCUGGCUGUGUCCCCUCAGCUUUUUGUGCACGCCCAAGCCUCAUCGCUGGUGGGGCAAUAUGAGAAGCUGAAAAGUCCUUGGCUUGGUGCAAGCGUUGCCUAGGAACGACAACAAUAUCAGUGUGUUAUCAACAUUAUUUUUAUCCUAAAUCCAAAACAGCACUAUACCCGCUGUUAGGAAGAAAAUUAACUCUAUCCCAGCUGAAACCAGGACAACUAUAUAUGGAUAUUGUAAUUUCGUGUUUGGAAUUUGCUUUAGAUUUGCUUUGAGUAGCUAUCUUUUUGAAUGUGAAUACCAAGUUUUUAGUUGUCAUUGAAUAUGUGAUUUACCUUGCUGAAUCUGAAACACAUUCUGUUUGGUCAGUUGAUGGAAAAAAAAAUCAUUUGUGUUUCUUUACAAUAGAAAAUGAAUUUAAACGUAUUAAGGUUUGGCUGAAAUAUAUGUUUUAAAAGCCCGUAGAGGGAUUUUCAAAAAAGUAAACUAUCUGCCUCUAAACAGUGUUCUAAUUAUAUCAUGAUUUGUUGAUCUUUAUCUAAAAAAAAAUUUAAGUUGUGAUUGAGGGAGAAAAGAUUGCAGUUGAUUAAACAAACUAAUGGAAGUCUAAAAGUCUGUAACUGAAAUGGCAUUGUCAGAGUUGUUUUGGGUUUUUUAAAUUGUGUAACUGCACUAUCAUAAAACUUCUUUGUUGAAGCUUCCUACCACUGUAACUCUGCCACCUACCUGCAAAGUGCUGUGGUAGCUGUAUUUCAUAGACCUACGAGAGGUAGGGGAAAUAACGUAGGCAGUUUCGAACUGCAAGCAUAAAUGCCAGAACUGAAAGAAUUAAAUAUUGUCAUUUUAUUGAAA